AUGGCAACCGCUACACAAAGUCAAGCCCCGGGGUUCACAUCCGCGACCGCCUCGAACUCUGUUACAUCGAUGCAAGAAACAAUCCCAGCGCCGUCUUCAUUGUCGGUAUCUUCGUCCAGUAACUCGACGUCUUCGUCAUCGUCAUCAAGCAGACCGCCGCAAAUCCACACCGUCAAGGCUGGAUUGGGAGGCUUCAAAUUCGAUCCACCGGCGCUGGAAGAUGUCAAUGUUGGUGACACCGUCACGUUCGAGUUUUAUCCACCAGACCAUUCAGUCGCACGUGCAGAGUUUGGAUCAGCCUGUGUGCCAUAUGAGUACACCGGCCCGGGCAAAACGGGCUUUUGGUCAGACACGCAAUGGGUAAACGACGUCAACCACCUUCAAUACUACAACGUCACUGUCAACUCGACCGAGCCCAUCUUCUACUACUGCGCCGCACCCGAGUCCUGUACAGGUCAGCACAUGGUCGGCGUGAUCAACCCCAACGCCACACAGACCCUUCAAAAGCAGAUCGACUCCGCAAAAGAAGCUUCCUACCAGCUCAGACCCGGCGACCCUAUCCCUGCAGAAGCCACUGGCACUCUUCAAGCCUCUGCCACCGCCGCGCCAACCUCCACAUCCGCCCCACACGGCCACACUUUCUCAGGCGGAGCCAUCGCCGGCAUUGUCGUCGGCGGUCUCGCCUUCCUCGCGAUCUGCGCAGCACUUUUCUUCUACGUCGGUCGAGCGAAGAGCUUGAAAGAGGUUCUCAAACACCGCGAAUCAACACUCAAGUCCCCCGCGCCUACGGAUGGCCACUUUGCACACCCGCCGGGGUACGCUCCCGCGCCGUUCAGCCCGAAUAUGCAGCACGUGGAGGCGGGCAUGGGCGGAUCGUCGUUGCCAACUUACGGGCAGCAUAAUGCGACCGAUAGUAAUUACUAUGGUGGAUAUCCGUCGCCGCAGCAGACGCAGGGGCAGACACAGAUAGCGGAAGUCAAACAUGAAUUGGCGUCGCCGACGCCGGGACAGCAGUCGUUUUCGCAUGAGCUGGAGGCGCCGCUUAAAGCGCCGAGGUGA